AUGGCGAGCCCAACUCGCACUGUCUACUCCGGUCCUCCCCUCUCAGGCCCCGGCAUUCUCUGGGUCAACUCCAAGAUCACAGCCCCAGAUAAGCUUUCUCCCGAGCUCUUCAAGACCUGGUACGAAGAAGUGCAUAUCCGCGACAUAAUCGCAGCCAAGAAGGGUGGUGUUCUAGCAGCAUGGCGAUACCAAUGCGCAAAUCCCGAGAGACCAGCGCCAUACCUUGCGCUCUACAGCAUCCCGGAUAUGGGAGUUCUACAGACAGACCAGUUUAGGGCCGUCCCUAUGGGCCACGAGAUGCUGCCGGAAGGCGGGCCGAUCCUCAAGUUUGUGAACUUCGAUACGCGAUACUAUAAGAAGAUCCAGGUGUUUGAGAAGGAGGGGAAGACGAGGCCUGGACGCGGCGUUAACAUCAACUCGGCGGCUAUCCAGCCUGCAGAAGGCAUGGAAGAAGAGCUUGAUAGGUGGUACCGCGAAGAACAUCUCGAGAAGGUCUCGAACGAACCCGGCUGGAUUCGGAGUACGCGGUUCGAGCUCAUUUUCCAAGUAGGGGAUAAAGGCACCACGAACACAGAGGUGACCCCGAACUGGCUCGCGAUACACGAAUUUGAGGCGGACGGGUUACCUGGAGAUAGACCAAAGGCAUUGGAACCAGUAUCUGCGCUGACGAAAAAGAUUGUGGGAAAUGCGAUCAAGGUAGAUGCGGCGAAGUUCACUUUGAUCAGGGGGAUAGGAGAUGAGUCGGCGCCAUUGUAG